AUGGCGGCCGAGGCGAGGGUGGCCGCCGGAGCCCCGCACGCUCAUUACCCCCCGGGGAGCGGCGAGCACGCUCCGCCGCCGCCCGCGCGCKCGCACAUACACUCGCAACGGCUCCCGCGGCCGCCGCCGCCGCGCGCAUGCGCGCCCCCGCCUACCGGCCUGCCGGGCCACGCCCCCGCCGGGGGGGGAAGCACCUGGGGUGACGUCACGGGGCGGGCGCGCGCGCAGGUGGCGGCCGUUARCGGCUGCCUCGCAGCGGUUGUGGAAGAAGGGUUGAGGGGGGAAGCACCUCUGGAGAUUGAGUACAAGCAGGGAGAGCACAAACAGGGACACCUAGAACAYGUGGCAGAGGAGCACAACCAGGUCUGGGACAAAAGUGAAAAUGGGGAUUGGCAUUGCACUGCCAGCUGGAAGACACAUAGUGGAUCUGUGUGGCGUGUGACAUGGGCUCAUCCAGAGUUUGGGCAGGUCCUGGCUUCCUGCUCUUUUGAUAGAACUGCAGCUGUUUGGGARGAAAUAGUGGGAGAGUCAAAUGAUAAACUCCGUGGGCAGAGUCACUGGGUAAAGAGGACAACUCUAGUGGACAGCCGGACAUCUGUAACAGAUGUUAAGUUUGCUCCCAAGCACAUGGGUCUUAUGUUAGCAACUUGUUCAGCAGAUGGAGUCGUAAGGAUCUACGAAGCCCCAGAUGUGAUGAAUCUCAGUCAGUGGUCACUGCAGCAUGAAAUCUCCUGUAAGCUCAGCUGCAGUUGCAUUUCUUGGAAUCCUUCAAGCUCUCGAGCUCAUUCUCCAAUGAUAGCUGUAGGAAGUGAUGACAACAGUCCAAAUAUAUUGGCUAAAGUUCAAAUUUAUGAAUAUAAUGAAAACACCAGAAAAUACGCAAAAGCAGAAGCUCUUAUGACAGUCACAGAUCCUGUACAUGAUAUUGCAUUUGCUCCAAAUCUGGGGAGAUCCUUCCACAUCUUAGCUGUAGCAACCAAAGAUGUGCGGAUUUUCACGCUCAAACCUCUAAGGAAAGAAUUGACCUCUUCUGGAGGACUAACAAAAUUUGAAAUUCACAUUGCGGCUCAGUUUGAUAACCACAACUCCCAGGUGUGGCGAGUGAGCUGGAAUAUCACAGGCACAGUGCUCGCCUCUUCAGGGGACGAUGGCUGCGUUCGGCUGUGGAAGGCAAAUUAUAUGGACAACUGGAAGUGCACUGGGAUACUGAAAGGUAACGGGAGUCCGGUCAAUGGGAGCUCUCAGCAGGGAGUUUUCAACGCCUCUCUGGGUUCAGUGAAUACGAGUCUGCAAAACUCCCUAAAUGGAUCAUCUGCUGGCAGGUAUUUCUUUCCCCCUCUGGAUUCCCCACGGGCUGGAUCGAGAUGGUCCAGCCAUGCCCAGCUCCUUCCUCCUCCUCCUCUGAUAGAGCCCUCUUGCGAUGCUGACCCUGCCAGCCUCCAGUAUCCACACCCUCGCCGACGAUGUGUCUCUCGGCCUCUUAACCUAUUACCUGAGAAUGAAGGGGUUUAACAUAACGUUWCUUUAAGCAAACUCUAGAAGGCCUUAUUCUCACGUUUGCCAAUACCUUCCAUUUCUGGCUGCUUUGGUUUCUUCUUCCCUACAGAAGAUUUUGCAAAAUUGGGGGGCUUUAUUGCAUGUUUUGCAGAACAAACCACAAUAUUUGGAACAUGUUAUUUGUGCUUGGGCAGCAAAGGAACAAUUUAAUCUGUAUCACCUGAACUAGAGCAAUACCACCAGUAUUAACUACUCCAUUACUUAGCUACUGAUG